AAAGGGGAGACGUAUGUAUGAGCUACAAGUAUUCUGUCCAUUUCGCGUAGUAAGUUUGUAAUGCCUGCUUCGUGCGUCUAAAGAUAGAACUGGCUGGCAGAGAGACGGCAGGCCAGCUGCUCCAGUCUUCGGUAGGGCCGAGUGAGAUGGUUGGCGUUUUGAUAUUAUGUGCUUUUCAAAUUAACCAGGCUGAGAAAUGUGUCAGCGGUUUAUGGAGUCUUUCUUAAGUUUUAGGUACUGGAAUUUGUUUUAGAUCAGUGAAACGUGUGGACCGACACGAAGGUCACAAGCACCAAAGGUGAAGCAUGGAUGGAGCCAGACAUAGUGCCAGUGGGGGAGUGCUAGGAAGUGUCAUUAGUUCUCCUCGUUCCAUCUCUAUGGCCAGCAUCAGUUCCGAGGGCAGCAUGGAGAGCCCUCUUGUGGAACAAGAAGAAAUAGCAGCCCUCACCCACGAUGUACGUAAUUUCAAGGAGGCGCUUGGAAAACUUCGAAAGAUUUUCCAUCCUGAUUUGACAGACAGGGACAAGCCCGACACCAUACGAGUAGCCGUUCAUGAACGACUUGGAGAGGUGUUGCGGAUACUGAGGAGUGUCCUGGACAGAUACCCAGCACUCCAGUCAACUGAACUCCUGGUAACUGCAGGGACUCUCAUACAGCAAGUGAAAGGGUAUAACUAUGAAGGUAAACAGCUGGAUCACAAAGAGAUUUUUGAGUCCAUCGAUCAACUGGCUUUGGCUUUCAGUAGCAGAGUUUCAGAAUAUCUUAUGGGGGAUCUGGACAGCAACAUUUCCCUGUGCAGUUCUAUGUCCAGCAAGACAAAGUCUUGUGAGAACCUGGCGUCAGAUGCUGAAUGCGGAGGAGCAGCAGAAGAUAAGAAGCCAGGUGAUCUCUCACCUCAAAAACUUGAUGAAAUGCUCUUGCUGUUGGAGCAAGGAGUGGAUUUUGCAUUGCAACAUGCAAAACUGUGGUCAAAGUAUGCUAAAGAUGUUAUGAUGUAUGUGGAGAAACGAUCUCACGUUGAAAUGGAAUACACCAAGAAUCUAAGCAAACUAGCAAUGACUGUCCGGCCACUUAUCAAUGAAGAGUGUAACUUGCCAUUCCAAUCUAUCUACUGCACUGCACUGGACCAUGACAUGGAAAACAGCAAAUCCAAUCAAAUCACAUGCAGUCUGCUAUUAGGGAAGAAGUUUAUAGAGCCACUGAGUGCAAGACGUGUAGAACAUGACAAGAUUCGCAAGCAGGUGAAGGAUCUAUGGUUCAAAGAAGUUGCACAUAUGCACAAACUGGUUACACAAAUGCAGAAAGUACACGGCACUUACAUGAAGUGUCAACAGGAAUGGGAACAACUUCGUGAAGAAUCACAAAAGAUUGACCAGUCUACACAGGGGAAGCUUGAUAAAAGGAAAGUCACAAAUGAUGAAGCUAUGCAGAAGGCCCUAGAAGCAGAGGCAGUGUAUAAGGCAAGUGUGAUGGAGGCCAAUGAAUUCCACACGCACAUGCAGAAGAUGAAGUCGGUAAUUCUGCAGCGCGUACGUGAGUUGAUUUUGCAGAGUGAUUGCAUCAUUAAGACUGUUACAGUCACUUACUUCCAGCUACAGCAUGCGCUGAGCACACCUCUUGCCACACAGUUUCAGACUUUGUGUGAGAGCAGUCAGCUUUAUGAUCCAGGGACGCAGUACGCGGAAUUUGUCAAAAGACUGCCAACUGCUUUGGUGUCUCUUAAAGAUCCUGCUCAGUUGCCUUUCAGUUUUCAACCCUACUCUAAAGGAAUCAAUAAACUCCUGGAUCAGGAAAGAAAGUCAACCGAUUCUGUUGAAAGUGAUGACUUGUUUCAAGGAAAAGGGAAGUUUAAUGCAAAAUGUAUGGCUGGUAGUGACACCGACAGUAUCGCCAGCAGUCAGAGCAAUAAGAGCCAUGAGCCGUCACCCACAUCCAACCGCAAGCUCAUCGGAAUGUCCUCGUGUGACGAACUUAACGCCAAUGAUAAUGAUGCCAGUUAUCUUGGGCAGAAGAGCUGCAUGUCCAAAGCAGCAGAAACGCACGCUUUUCGUAAACUUAAGACUCCAUCCCGGUGCCGAGAAUGUGAUUCAUAUGUGUACUUCCAGGGAUGUGACUGUACUGAGUGUGGAUUAGCUUGCCACAAGAAGUGUCUUGAAACUUUGGCCAUCCAGUGCGGGCACAAGCGUCUCCCACGGAGGAUGACAACUUUCGGAGUGGAUCUAGGUCAACAUCUGACUGAAACGGCUACUCUCGUGCCACACAUUGUCUGCAAGUGCAUUGAUGAAAUAGACUCUCGUGGUAGGCUAAUUAAGGGUAUCUAUAGAGUAUCCGGUGUCAAAUCUAAGGUAGAGAAAUUGUGCCAGGCUUUUGAAAAUGGCGCGGACCUGGUAGACUUGACUGAUAUCCACCCUAAUGUCAUCGCGAAUGUACUGAAACUGUAUCUGCGGCAGUUACCAGAACCCCUUCUUACAUUCUGCCUCUACGCAGAAUUUGUGAGGAUAGCAAAAGAGUGUCCUUCUGAUUCGUCGGCAGAAGUAGGCGUGGCAACACAGGAACUGAAGGAGUUGGUACGUAAGCUGCCGCGCCACCAUCACCUGACGCUGGCGAUGCUCAUGCAGCAUUUGGAGAGGGUAGCGCGUGAUGCCGACGUUAACAACAUGCCUCCAAGUAACUUGGGCAUUGUGUUUGGACCCACUCUGUUGCGCACAGCUGAGGGCAGCGCGUCGCUAAACUCCUUAGUAGAUACCGUACACCAAACUCGAGCCAUAGAACUGAUGAUCGCAAAUGCACAGGAUAUCUUUGGACCUCAAGAUAUUGCUAGUGCCCAAGAAUAUGCCUGCGCCAAAAUGGGUUUCGGCCUUACGCACUCCGCAAGAAAGAAACUUGAACCGGCUGAUUCACUAGAAGGAAGCCGUGAUGCAGGAGAGGAAGUAGCUUCUGAAGACGAACUACAUUACUUCUUACUUUCUGAUGAUUUAACGGGCGGCAAGCACGUCUCUCAUGAAGCCAUGCCAAAAGUAUUUGAAGGAUCCCUAAAGGAUUAUCAAGGACUUGAAGGGCUUUCCUUGUCGUCAAAUCAAGGAGCGGCCAGCGCCAGUGCUGAAACAAUCGAAAAGCCUAGGAAAAGUGCUUCGGUAGAAGUGGAAGAGAAGGUCUCCGAGAGAAGGCGGCAGUACUACAAGACAGACGGAGAUGAGUGGACUGCUCACAAGUCCGUGCAGCUCAGCUCCCAGCGGACGGAGAGUUCUGCCGACUCUGACUACAGCUUCGAGUCCCACGCCAGCAGUUCUGUAGAGAGUCGGAGUCCCCGCGAACUUGAGGAGGGAUGUGAAGUAUUUUUAGAACUGCCCCAGUGGUGCAAAAGAAAUCCCAGCUCAGCAACAGGUCAUGCAGAGACGCAGGAUUCUCCAAUCUCUUCGAUUAGCCACUCGCCAGAUGACGCGGAGGCCGGAGCCGAGGCCCUGUCCACAACGUGCGCCAUCAGUUCUACUUCAAAGCACAUCACUGGAGAUUAUUCCACGUACAUUCCAACGCCAGUUCCCAGUGUGGAGAUGCAACACGACGAGUCUACCUUCUUAAAUUACGAAGAAACGCUGCUCUCGAAGAGAACUUGUUACCAGGCAGAAAAGAUAACAAUGAAAUAUCCAGGCCUCGAAUUGGUUCCAGUGGACGAGAAAAAGAAGAUGGUGUCUGCACAAGUGGGUGGGAGAGCGACCACCCCGUAUUCACCCCUCGAUACUUUAAAGUUUUCUAAAGCUUCCGCCGUGACGUCAACAACGAGAUGUCCUCCCAAGACGGAGCCUGCGGCCGUAGGAUGUGCGGAGAAUGUUAUUAAGCCAGGAGCCUCUGAACCUUGUCAUGGGCGUAGCUUAAGACCCCGUCUUUUCUGAGUUUACUGACUGCUUUUGAAUGGACUGCCCGAGAAGACGGCGACGAUCUGCAGUCAGAAUAACGUACAUCGAGGAUCGAAGUCCCGAACGCGGUGUUUGCAGAAGCCCCCAGGCUCAGAAAAGAGGAAACAGACUUCAAGAAGCAAGACCGUGGAAUUUCAUUUCCUCCGAACAGUCGGCCCGCAUAUGCAGAAUUUUAUUUGCAGUUUUAAAAAAGUUUGAAUUCUAACUGGAUAAUGUAGACGUGCGCCUGCGA